CUCGGUGACGCAUCGCUCACGUGACCGCCGCCGCGCCGCUGCCUCUGGAGUUUCUAUGAUGGCGGCCAGUAAUUAUUAUGGAUUCACACAUGCAGCCGCAGCAGCCGCCGGCCCGCAAUACAGCACACAGCCGCCUCCUGCAUAUUCCCACCCAACCACAGGCAGCUACAGCGUUCAGCCCGCCCCCGGAGUGGUGCACGCCGUCACCGCCUCGUACCCUGCAGCCACCGCCCAACCCAUUCGGCCGCCAUCAACUGCCCCCUAUCCCACUUACCAGCCCCAUCCUCCCCCGAACUACGGCUACCGGCAACCCGAGCCGUCCCCACAGCCGACCACCGCCCCACAAACCUACCAGGUUAUAACAGAACCGGAGAAUUAUACUUAUGGGCGACCUCCGCCAGUCAGCACUUACGAGAACAAGCAGUAUUUUCAAACAAGCGUCGCACCCGUGCAGCGAACUGCAACAGAGGCCUACUUCCAGACGGGGCUGAAAAGUGUCUACAGCCCCGCCAGCACGGCAUACAGCCAACCCACCGUUCAGAGACAGGUCGCCACUUUAAAACCCCCACCUGCUCCCAGCUCGGUGUCUUCAAGCUACACGAUCUACCCGACGUCAACCAGCGUGCAACAAACUCCGACCCCCAUAUCCACUUACACCCCCAGUUCUUCCUUCAACUCCACAGUUGCUACAUCUUACUCCGGUCUAAGCUAUACCAGCUAUGAGUCUACCGGUUACACGUCCACUCCAUCAUACUUCCAGCCGGCGCAGCUGGCACCCCCGCAACCCCAGCCGCCACCCCCGCUGCAACAACCCCAACAGCCUCCGCAGCAGCUGGUGCAACCGCAAUCCAAACAGCUCACCAACUCCUCCUGGAGCCACACCGGGGGCUCUGUCGCCUCUGUUAACUCUUACAAGAAGCCGGCGUUCCACCAAAGCAAGAUCCAGAAACCCAAAGGUCCACCCAAGCAACCGCAGCUGCACUACUGCGACAUCUGCAAGAUAAGCUGCGCUGGUCCACAGACGUAUCGAGAACAUCUGGAAGGACAGAAGCACAAGAAGAAGGAGACGGCUCAGAAGAGCGGCAGCCAGGUGACUAACGGACCUCGUGGAGUCCAGACGCAACUGCGCUGUGAACUGUGCGACGUCUCGUGCACCGGUGCCGAUGCCUACGCCGCACACAUAAGAGGAUCCAAACACCAGAAGGUGGUGAAGUUGCACACCAAGCUUGGCAAACCAAUUCCAUCAACUGAGCCUGUUCUCGUGAGCUCUGCCCCUGUUGCCGUGACAAUGACUACUGGGAAAAUGUCAUCAGCCCUGGCGAUGACUUCCACCUCUAGUGCUGUGACGCAGAAGAGGCCAGCGACACCGCUUUCCAAACAUCCGGCCACUCCUGCGAAAAAACCCACGGCUGCUAGAGCCACCUUCAGCGGCAGUAAAAUAUCCGCACCAGUCCCGGUAAAGACAGAGUUGAAGCCCCCGGCGGUCAAGACGGACCCUCUGAGUGAUGAUGACGAUGAUGAUGGACCAGGAGCACAAGGAGACAUUCAGCCUGUGGGACACGACUACAUAGAAGAGGUUCGAAAUGACGACGGGAAAGUGAUUCGCUUCCACUGUAAACUGUGUGAAUGUAGUUUUAACGAUCCGAACGCUAAAGACAUGCACCUGAAGGGCCGAAGACAUCGCCUACAGUAUAAGAAAAAAGUGAACCCGGACCUCCCGGUCGAGAUCAAACCCAGUAACCGGGCGAGGAAACUUCUGGAAGGAAAACUGAGGAAACAGAAGCAGAAGUCUGUGCUCAGGAGACAACAGGAGGACGAGCAGCGCUGGCACAUGGAGAUGAGGAGAUACGAGGAGGACCUGUACUGGAGAAGAUUUGAGGAGGAACAAAACUACUGGGUGGAGCAGAGACACAGGAUGGCCCCGCCUCCUCUCAUGGGCCGGCCCAGCAUGCCCGUGCCUCCCCUGCUGUCUGUACGGCGACCCGACUCUCCCGAUGACCGUCACAUCAUGGCCAAACACUCGGCUAUCUACCCUGUGGAGGAGGAGCUUCAGGCCGUUCAGCGAAUCGUCUCGCAUUCUGAGCGCGCUCUCAAACUGGUCUCCGAUUCGCUGCUGGAGACGGAGGGGUCUGCGGCAGACGACAAAGACGCGACAGACAAGCAGUCUGAAUCUCAGGCUCGUGUUUUGAAAGGAGUGAUGCGCGUGGGAAUCCUGGCCAAAGGUCUCCUGCUGCGUGGCGAUCGCAACGUCCAGCUCAUCUUGCUGGCGGAUAAGAAACCCGCCGUCUCUCUGUUGAAAACCGUCGCCGAACAGCUGCCCAAACAGCUAGCGAGCUUUUCUGAAGAUCAGUAUGAGGUGCAGGUUCAGCCCGAGGAGGCCAACAUCCUGAUAUUUUCAAGCAAGGAACCAAAAAUGCAGGUGACCGUGUCGCUAACGUCGGCGGUGAUGCGAGAAGACCCCGACCCCGACAUGGAGAAAGUUCAACAGAAAAAUCCUCCUGGUGUUCUCAACAGGAUGAAGUGCCUUGAGUAUUUGGCAUCUUUGCGUCAUGCUAAAUGGUUUCAGGCUCGUGCAAAUGGUCUACAGUCCUGCGUGAUUGUCAUCCGGGUUCUGCGAGACCUGUGCCAGCGUGUACCUACCUGGAGCAAGAUGCCAGACUGGGCCUUGGAGCUGUUGGUGGAGAAAGCCAUCAGCAGCGCAUCUGGCCCCCUCAGUCCAGGAGAAGCUCUACGGAGAGUUCUCGAAUGCAUCUCUAGUGGGAUUCUUCUGUCAGAUGGUCCAGGUCUUCUUGACCCGUGUGAGAAAGGUCAAACAGAUGCUUUGGGGAGCAUGUCAAGACAAACCAGAGAAGAUGUGACCGCUAGUGCACAGCAAGCGCUGCGACUGCUGGCUUUCCGUCAGAUCCACAAGGUUCUGGGCAUGAGCUCUUUACCGGCCCUCAAACCCGGAUCACGAAACCGCAAGAGGCGGCGAGACGGCAGCGAUGAGGGCGAAGGCGACGAGAAGAAAGAUAAACGAGACGAUUCUCACGACCUGUGAGGUUGCGAUCACGUAAUCUCUAAAAAUUGAAUUUAUUAUGUCUUUUAAUAUGUAUAAAUAUAACUCAAAGAGGAAGACUGGAAGGAAAAUACAAAACUUGACAGUUCCGUUUUUUGAACGUUUGAAAAUCAAUGUAAAAAUGUAGUUGUUCCCCUUUGGAUGAUGUAAUACAUGCUAUAUUACACCAGAGACGCAAAUAGACUGACGCGCUGAUGAUUCAAGACGCAUUCCAGUUCAGAGCGAUGGAUUAGGAAUAAAAGUCGCUACUGACUAGCGACUGACCAGCAUCAAAUAAAGAACACUUACUAAACGUUAUUUUUGCUCUGUUAGGCACUUUCAUAUAUUAAUAGCACUUAAGUAAUUAAAAGCUUUAACAACAUAGGCCAGUCUUAUUAUUUUUGUGUACAAAAAGCUAUCAAGAUGAUAUAAAUACACGUGUGGAAAACCUAUCGAAGGAUUUUACACACCUACUUAUUCUUGUCUAUUGUUAUGAAAUGUGAAGAGAAACUAUAAACUAAUGAAGAUGGAGGUAUGGGCAUUAUCGAACUUGUCAUUGAAAACCCUUAGAUUUCAUCUUUAAAGAUCUGCAUUACAAAUCUAUAGCCUCCAACAUCCAGUAUUCGCAUCAAUUUCCGUUCUGUUUUUAUUUAAAAAUGUUAACAAAAGUUUUAGAUUAAAAUCUUAGAUCACGGAUAAAUCUAUAAAUAUAAAAUAUAUAUUUAACUUUAUGUACCACACAUUAACCACCAGUAGCCUCAAAAGUAUUUGGACACCAAAGGCAGACUUAAAAAUGGCUUUGCAUUAUCUAACAAAAUAUCAAAACAAAUAUGAUUUAUUUUUUAAAAUAGCACAAGCAUUUUAAAACCCAGCGCCAGUUGUUGUUUAUGCAAUGUGAAGUUUGUUUUCACUUGCUGUGAUAUUUAGUUUUCUAAAGGCUGAAGUAUAGUUCCCUUUUUCAACGUUUGGUCAUCAGAAUAGUGAGCGCGUACGCGUACGCACACCCACUGCAGGUCGCACAUGUGCUUUCAAUUUCUUGCAGUAAUUAGUUUAACCACCAGGUGGCAACAGUGAUCUGGGAGCAUCGAUUCUAGGUAGUAGAAGAAAACCUAACCCCUGUAGGCCCUUAGUGGAAUUGCAAUAUGUUGCAAUGCGCAUGCAUCAAUACCCGUGUGUACAUGUAGGAGUGGAAGCAGUAAACUUUGCAAGGCUAUGCGUUUGGCUAGAUUUUUAAACAUGCCUAAGUUGUCCAAAUACUUUUUGGAGCAAGUAUAAUAAAGACUAUAAUAUAAAAUCUUUACAAUUAUAGUUUAAGUGAGAAUGUAGACUAAUGAAUCUUCACUAAUAUGCUGUCAUAACAACACAAAAUGGUUCGACUUUGUGUGCUUCAUCGUUCACAUGACACUGGAUUUGUGUUUAAAUAUCUGAUCUAUAAUUUAUUCGUAGUUGGUUGUUUUAAUUUAUAUAAUCGAAUAAUCGGUCAUUUCACAUUAACAUGCUGGUGUUUCGACAGGGUAACGAUUUACAGUUUUAGAGUUGUAGAAUAAAGUCCGUGGUUCUUCACACGUGCCUGAGUAAAAGUCGAACGAUUUCAAGUACUUGAAGUGUUAACUGGCAGGUGAAAUUCUGGUUCUUCGUAUUGCAAUAUAAUAUUAUGUAAUACCUCUCUAUUCUUACCUUUUUCUAUAAAUGGGAAACUCUUGAGAAAGACGCACAGUGUCGCACGGUCGAGAUGUUAGUUUAGCUGUUAGCGUAUUGAAGUGAUUCACGUCGCGUGAAUGCAUUGUUUUUAAACAUGUACUGCGAACGUUUUCCUGGCGUUUUUGAGAUGUUUCCGCUGAGUGCUUGUUAUUGUUUGUAGGACUAUGAAUAACUGUGUGAUCUUUCAUUUGAACAUGUGUCUAGUGCUGCUUCACUAAAUAAAGACAAAAAAACACUGAA